ACGGUCAAUGUCAAUGGUUAGCAGGUAGAAUUGGACAAAUGGCAUAAGUAUUAAAUUCCUGCAGCUGAACUCUUGAUCGCUACCGAAAACUAUGUAAAUGUAAAAUAACGAAUUUUUAAAUUAUUGUUUUCUUGAAUUUAAACUCUAAUCUUGCAUACUUGGGUAAUUGCACUCUAAGAACUGGGGUCAAUAGAGUAAAAAUCCACAAACACACAAAUCACCGCUUGAUCAAAACUUAUUUUGAAAGUGCAAAUUGCUUGUUUCUUUCAUCACAAAGGAGAAAACAGCCUGUGAGAACUUUUCUUUUUUGAAGUUGUUAGUCUCACCUUAGCUCACCAAGUUAUAAUGUAAAUAAUCUUCCAGAAAUUGUAAAUUAAUGUAAUCAGUGGUUAUCAUAGCAAUUACAUUACCGUGACUGUUCGGUCAUUGUUACAUUUCAAUUUUCAAUUUCCAUGUACAGUGUUUUAGAAAAACGUUUCAUUAUUUUUUUUGUCAAUAUCUUCUUUCAAUGUAGCUGGAUUUUAAUUGCAAGGAUUCGGCUGCCAUUGCCCACGGUGAACUUAAAAAGAAAACAUUUUUUGUUGAAUGAUGUAAAAAAACGACUUUACUUUCUACUUAUGCCCUAUUUGGGUCUCAUAGGCAGUCAAAACCUUGUCCUCGGAGUAUGCAACCAAUUAUACGGUUGCGGUAUCCACGAUUAAUUGUCAGAAAAUACGAUUACUUACUUUCCUCACUUCGGAAAAGCUAUAGAAUAUUUUUACACAAACCUUUGUUUUUAUUUACCUUUUUAUAGUAAUGAAUUAAAAAAAAUCUCCCAUCAUGUAGAUAUCAUAUUUUAACUUCGUUAAGUUGAUCGUAUGUUUAGCGGAGUCAAGCAAAAAUGACCGAUAGAAAUCCAAUUAUUACGGGUGUACCUAUCGUAAGAAAUAUAUUUUUUCAGUUUAUGUAGAUUAUAGUAAAAUUCAUUGUAUUGUUUUUAUUGUUCUUAUCGCUUCAAUAAACACUACUGAUUGAAAAUUAUUCAGUCAGCAAACGCAACGUUAUCCCCUAUCUCAGUCAUGCGACCAUUUAUUUACAAUUUGCAAAGGUCAGUUGAAUUUCUUUGCUCCUUGCUACCAGUUUUGAUGUGUGUCGCGAUGCUCAACUGCAAAAUAGGUUCAAAAAACUAAUUGCGUAUUUCGAGUUUGGGAUGAGCGAAAAACUUUGCGAGUUCAAUGUCGAGCAAGUGCGCAUGGUAUUAUUUAGGGAGUGCGAUUUCAGAGGUAGAAAACUUUUAUUUGACUCACGCGCUACCCAAAAAAUUCCUAUCGAAAAAACGAACCAAGAUGAAAAGUUCGUCGAAGUCACAAAUGGCUUUGGUUAUCUGAUUGUUAAGUCGAGUUCGGAUUAUCGGCAGCUGUCUGAAAUGAUGUUCGGGUCGGUAGCGAUGAGCUUUCGUGGUACAUAUUUCAAGAUACAUAGCUUGAAGGAACCGUCAGGUCUUAUGUUCACACAGGUAUUUCCUAGUCCCCGGCCUACACGAAGGAAAGUUUCCGUUUCUAGUCAACCCGCCUACCUUGCCAACGUAUUGAGUCACAGUUUCGAACAUUCCAUUAAAUUAGACGAUUCCGGCGCCAGCAGUACUUAUUCCAGUGAGCAAUUAUCGGAUCGCAGCACAGCAUCUGAUACUGUACUAGUUUGCAAAAGGCAUCAGAACUCGAUGCUCGAGAUGCCGAGAGGGGUUCCGUCGAAGAACAGUUUAGCGGUUGAUUCGGGAUGUACUGACUAUUCGUACUCAAGUUUGAACUCUGUCGAUUUUUCCACCUGGGAGUCGAUAUUUCCUUACAAGGCUGCGAACGAUCCGUUAUUAUCGUUUUCAUCGAGCAACUUAUUGAGGCGAUUCCUCAGGACGUCGAGCAGGUCUCUAGUGAGUUCAACGUGCUCGUUGCCUAAUUCCGCUGAAGAAGUGCUGCAGCGGAACCACCACCACCGAUCGAGUAAAUUGGGGUUGGCUUUCGUUAUAGAAAUUCCCAAAGAAAUGACAGAGUUUCUGACUCAGUUUUUUAUGGAGCACAUUGCGUUGCUCGAAGCUAUGCUGUGGCGCGCCAGGUGUGUCGUCGAAGCCGCUUACCACAAACCGCCGACGUUUAUGUCCGUAAUGGUUGAUCUAAGUGGUUCGACGGCAGCGUGGCUACUUAACCUUUUGAACGGGCCAAAGAUCUUAAAAAAUUUCUGGCACUCUCUUUCCCUUAACUGUGAUAGUGGAAUCAGUAUUAGUGCGUCUUCCAAAGAGUCGGUGAUCAGUAGGACUAAAUCAUACGAUUUGGUCGGGAAUGGUGAUGAUAACGGCAACCUAAGGUUGACUAAUUCCUUUAAUGGACUGCAGUGGCUCGGCAAACCUGAGAUUUUCAAUUUUCGCCUGGGAAAACUUCUAAGUGCUGACUUUGGGGGGGUAAGGGAUAGUUGUGGCGGAGUAAGUGAUGAUUACGGGAAAUUCGUCAGCGAAUUUUGUGAAAUCUUAGAAGCGUUGGACAUAAAAAGCACAAACUUUUUUAUCAGCACCUUGUUAACGGCCAUUUUAACUCAUCAUCUAGGCUGGGUAUCGAGUUGUCUCUCUAUGCCGGCGACCCCUAACGGCGCUUCGAAUAGUUUGCCCCAGCCGUAUAACGCGUUGUGGGCCCAGCUGACUGAUUUGUACGGGGCGAUCGGCAAUCCCGUGAAGACCGCUCAAACCGUGGUGACGGGUAGCGAUAAAGUUACCAUCCGUAAGAUACUCAAUUGUUUGACCUAUUUUAUCCGUUUCGGCGAAGUGGAACGGAGAAAUUUGGAAAGGUUGGAAGUGGAAGAAGAAAACCAGAGCGCGGAAAUGAUUUGCAAGAAAUGUGAUAGCAUUCCCGUUGAAUAUUAUAAGAAGUACGAAGAUCACUUGAAAGAUAUGUUGGUGGAUAGCACGAAAAUGGAAAAGUGUGAAAUCCGUCCUAUCAUAAAAACUCAAGACGAUUCUUUCGGAAAAGGCCUUUGCAAGACAAAGACCUUCAAUAAUCUGAUGUUGAAGACUGAGUGUGAAGCUAAAUGCGAAGGUAGUGGUUUCGGUUUGAAGAGGGUAUCGUCAAAGAUGAAUCUGAAUUUAUCAAAAUUAGAAACUGGUUCAGAUCUGCCCCCGGAAACGAAAACGCCGAUGUGCCGUAGGAAUUGGAGUUGCAGCAAGAGUUCGCAAAAUAUGUUCGCCCUUGGUGAUGGAGACGACUUUCAGAAAAUAAUGGAAGAACCUAUCAAUUUAAAUCAUAAUGUAGACAAGGACGUUAUAUUCGUUUUGGGCGACAAUGAGCAACUCGUCGGUUUGAAGAAAGAAGCCAAUGAAACAUCCAACGUGGAAACGAGUCUCAGAAAGGUGUCAUCGUCGAAGAGGCCGUCUUCUUUGAGUUUUUCUAAAAUAAGUUACCAAUUUCCAAAGCACCAUGAGCAGCCGGAUCCGUUUAGAGACGAUUACUGCUCGAGGACUCUAAUGCCCAGCACUUCUUAUGAAUCGCUCUAUUCCAUCAGCGUACAGAACGGCGAAGAUGUACAUUCCGAAUCCGAAUCAAAAAAGUUCACUCGUUGCCAAAGUGAGCCGCCAGAAGAACGAAAAUCCACUAAACCCCGUUUCAAGUACACGAGGGCCAAGUUCAAUCUGCAACAGUACCCUCAAGUGGUGAAGAAUUACAUGAAAAGCAAGAACUUGGAGUUGGAAAGUCUACCUCUGGGGGAGAAAGCUCUUGAUCAGUUCUCGACGGUGGAGACCAACAUCAAACUGGAUUUUUCCAGCUACAAAAGCGAUCCAGAAGAAGUUGAAGCUCUACAGACGCCGUCAAACGCGUCUGAGUUGGAGGGCGCUAACGAGUUGUGUUCCACCAGCAAGCAGGCGCUGACCAAGGAUAGCGUGAGGAAAAAUUCCAAACCUUUCAAUACUGAUGCUGAUGGCAUGGCCCGCAACAUGAAGCUCAUCUCUAUACCUAUGCCAAAAACUGCUUGCAGUGAAAAACCGCCUUACUCUGUACCAUAUACAUCCACCGUAAUCAACGAGUUGGUGGAUAGUUUUAUGCCGGACAUGGUGCUGCAAGGUAUCACAAAACCGGAGAAAUACUGGGGUUCUAGGUUGAAAAGUAACUUGGCCCUGAACACGCAGCAUUCCCUCUUGGAUCAACCGGUGGAAGAGUCGCUGGCGAUCGUUGCCAAUACCGACACCUGGGAAGUUCAAGUUACAUCUAGUCACACAUAUGUAAUUGAUAAGGGAUCGACGGGAGUCAGAGUUGGAAUGUCCCAGUUUGUGGCAAACAUGCUGGAAUCUCUCCUCCAUAUGUGGAAACUACACAUUCCUCCACAAUAUUGUAUUAUGCACAUAGAAGAAAAGCUGCAGGAGCUUUGCGUGCUUUCCAAAGCUUUGGCGCAAUUCUUGCUAGUUAGCGAGUUUUGCAACAUGGAGUUGCUAACUUCGGCGCUUCAUUUGGAAGUUAACGACGUACCGUUGCUAAUGGCUGUGGCGUCGACGCAUACGCCGCAAGUCACGCAAAAAUAUGGGCUCAGUUUUCAGUGAUUUGUACUUUUUCACGAACCGCGUAGAAUUUUUUUGCGACAUUUUUUUACAUGAAUUAUAUUUGUUUAAGUCUUUGACGUGCACGCCUGAUUUUGAGAAUGUUACUAUUUAUUACCACUUUUUUUAUUUAUUGUAAUAAAGGUUU